AUGAAACAUUCCUCUGAAUGGAUUAAUGAUGAUGAAUACGAUGAACAGAAUUUGGAUUUUGAUAUAAUAUUUGAUAAUCCACAUCUCAUUCGUUUGUACAACGACUUUGAGAAAAAUCAAAGGUUUAAUAAUUGUUGUGGCGACGAAUAUUCUAACGAUAAACGAAAUAAACAGAGUCAGAAAAUAUAUGCCAAGAAGUCUCGAAAAGUUACUACCGAAUAUAUGUAUAAAUAUCUUACUCAAAGUUCUGAAAACAUUAAUUGA